UGCUAUUGCUGCUGCAACCGCUGCUGCUGCUGCUACUACUACUACAACAACUACUACCGCUACUGCUACUGCUACUGUUACUGCUACUACUGCUACUACUUCUCCUCCACCCGCUACUCCUGCUACUACUACUGCUACUGUUCCUACUGCUACUACUCCAGCUGCUACUACUUCUCCUCCACCCGCUACUCCUGCUACUACUACUGCUACUGCUGGUGCUGGUGCUGCUAUUGCUACUGCUGCUGCUGCUGUUGCUACUGCUGUUGCUGCUACUGCUGCUGCUACUGCUACUGCUGCUGCUACUGCUACUGUUGUUCCUACUACUACAAUUGCUACUGCGACUGCUGCUGCUACUACUGCUACUGCUGCUGCUACUGCUACUGCUGGUGCUGGUGUUGCUAUUGCUACUGUUGCUGCUGCUGCUGCUGCUACUGCUACUGCUGUUCCUACUACUACAAUUGCUACUGCGACUGCUGCUGCUACUACUGCUACUGCUGCUGCUACUGCUACUGCUGGUGCUGGUGUUGCUAUUGCUACUGUUGCUGCUGCUGCUGCUGCUACUGCUACUGCUGUUCCUACUACUACAAUUGCUACUGCGACUGCUGCUGCUACUACUGCUACUGCUGCUGCUACUGCUACUGCUGGUGCUGCUACUGCUGCUGCUACUGCUGCUGCUCCAACUACUACAAUUGCUACUGCUACUGCUGAUGCUACUGCUGCAGCUACUGCUGCUGCUACUGCUGCUGCUCCAACUACUACAAUUGCUACUGCUACUGCUGAUGCUACUGCUGCAGCUACUGCUGCUGCUACUGCUGCUGCUCCAACUACUACAAUUGCUACUGCUACUGCUGAUGCUACUGCUGCAGCUACUGCUGCUGCUACUGCUGCUGCUCCAACUACUACAAUUGCUACUGCUACUGCUGAUGCUACUGCUGCAGCUACUGCUGCUGCUACUGCUGCUGCUCCAACUACUACAAUUGCUACUGCUACUGCUGAUGCUACUGCUGCAGCUACUGCUGCUGCUACUGCUGCUGCUCCAACUACUACAAUUGCUACUGCUACUGCUGAUGCUACUGCUGCAGCUACUGCUGCUGCUACUGCUGCUGCUCCAACUACUACAAUUGCUACUGCUACUGCUGAUGCUACUGCUGCAGCUACUGCUGCUGCUACUGCUGCUGCUCCAACUACUACAAUUGCUACUGCUACUGCUGAUGCUACUGCUGCAGCUACUGCUGCUGCUACUGCUGCUGCUCCAACUACUACAAUUGCUACUGCUACUGCUGAUGCUACUGCUGCAGCUACUGCUGCUGCUACUGCUGCUGCUCCAACUACUACAAUUGCUACUGCUACUGCUGAUGCUACUGCUGCAGCUACUGCUGCUGCUACUGCUGCUGCUCCAACUACUACAAUUGCUACUGCUACUGCUGAUGCUACUGCUGCAGCUACUGCUGCUGCUACUGCUGCUGCUCCAACUACUACAAUUGCUACUGCUACUGCUGAUGCUACUGCUGCAGCUACUGCUGCUGCUACUGCUGCUGCUCCAACUACUACAAUUGCUACUGCUACUGCUGAUGCUACUGCUGCAGCUACUGCUGCUGCUACUGCUGCUGCUCCAACUACUACAAUUGCUACUGCUACUGCUGAUGCUACUGCUGCAGCUACUGCUGCUGCUACUGCUGCUGCUCCAACUACUACAAUUGCUACUGCUACUGCUGAUGCUACUGCUGCAGCUACUGCUGCUGCUACUGCUGCUGCUCCAACUACUACAAUUGCUACUGCUACUGCUGAUGCUACUGCUGCAGCUACUGCUGCUGCUACUGCUGCUGCUCCAACUACUACAAUUGCUACUGCUACUGCUGAUGCUACUGCUGCAGCUACUGCUGCUGCUACUGCUGCUGCUCCAACUACUACAAUUGCUACUGCUACUGCUGAUGCUACUGCUGCAGCUACUGCUGCUGCUACUGCUGCUGCUCCAACUACUACAAUUGCUACUGCUACUGCUGAUGCUACUGCUGCAGCUACUGCUGCUGCUACUGCUGCUGCUCCAACUACUACAAUUGCUACUGCUACUGCUGAUGCUACUGCUGCAGCUACUGCUGCUGCUACUGCUGCUGCUCCAACUACUACAAUUGCUACUGCUACUGCUGAUGCUACUGCUGCAGCUACUGCUGCUGCUACUGCUGCUGCUCCAACUACUACAAUUGCUACUGCUACUGCUGAUGCUACUGCUGCAGCUACUGCUGCUGCUACUGCUGCUGCUCCAACUACUACAAUUGCUACUGCUACUGCUGAUGCUACUGCUGCAGCUACUGCUGCUGCUACUGCUUACUACUACUGCUACUACUACUGUUACUACUGCUUUACUGCUACUGUUGCUGCUGCUGCUGCUACUACUACUGCUGCUGCUGCUGUUGCUACUGCUGUUGCUACUUCUACUAGUACUACUGCUGCUACUACAACUACUACUGUUGCUGUUGUUGCUACUGUUGUUGCUGCUACUGCUGCUGCUACUGCUGCUGCUGGUGCUGGUGCUGCUACUGCUACAUCUGCUGCUGCUGCUACUGCUGCUGCUCCUACUACUACAAUUGCUACUCUACUGCUGCUGCUGCUACUUACUACUGCUGCUACUACAACUGCUACUGCUCCUGUUGUUGCUAUUGCUGUUGCUGCUACUGCUGCUGCUACUGCUACUGCUAGUGCUGGUGCUGCUACUUCUACUGCUGCUGCUGCUGCUGCUGCUACUGCUACUGCUUGCUACUACUACAGCUACUGUACUACUAUUGCUACUACAACUGCUACUGCUGCUGCUACUACUGCUGCUGCUACUGUUACUGUUGGUGCUGGUGCUGCUACUGCUACUGCUACUGCUACUGCUACUGCUACUGCUCCUGCCGCUACUCCUGCUACUGCUACUACUACUGCUACUGCUAGUGCUACUACUACAGCUACUGUUACUAGUGCUGCUACUGCUGCUGCUGCUGCUGCUACUACUGCUGCUGCUACUGUCGCCGCUACUACUACUAGUACUACUAUUGCUACUACAACUGCUACUGCUGCUACUACUGCUGCUGCUACUACUGUUACUCCAUCUGCCCCUGGUUGCGGUUUCUUCUACCACUCCGCUGUGGUCCACCUGAAACAGAAGGUCUACCAGAGACAGAGACUCGACCCGCCUCUUCUUCUUUGCUUUGGCGAUAGGCCAAGUUAUCCUGUUCCACUCUUGUAG